AUGUCGGAAGAGAGUAAUUCUUUGAAAUCAAAUUACGGCUUGUCUAAGAAGAAAUUAUCACGGAAACAUAGGUGUUUGAGCACAGUUGAACCUGACACUAGAGAAAGAUGGUCGGAGAGAAGUCAUUCCUUGAGCAUAAUUGAGGCAAUCUUCGAAAACAAAUUCUCCGAAGAGGACAGUUCCAUGAGCUCAGUUGAAACAAUCACCAUACCGGAAAUCUGGGCAAAGGUUAAUACUACAAGACAGAUUCAUGUAGUUGAAAGGAAGGAAACAAUAGCAAGAGACGAUGCCUUGAGUACAAGUUCUAGAGAUACUACGGAGACAGUGUUAGUGGAGAGUGGCUCACCAUGCAAAGCUGGCGCAGCUAUUACAGACAGAACAUCAACAAGGGAUGAUAUUUCUAGCGCAGAUGAUUAUAACAGUUUAUAUUCUUCAGGACGGAUGAUACAUAUCGAAGAUAUGAUUCAUCCGAAGUAUAUGGCCAACGGAAGGGAAGUGACAUAG